GACCCUGCUGAGUUCUCUGGGACAGGAUUGAGCUACUCUCCAACCCUGCAACAGCGCAUAGAAACGUGGACCUUUUAACUUCACUUUUAAAGUUGAGACCCGCGCUCAACUUGUCGCGGAGAGAUGGAAGUGGCGGCUAAUUGCUCUUUGCGCGUGAAGCGGCCCCUACUGGACCCACGCUUUGAGGGCUACAAACUCUCCCUGGAGCCUCUGCCCUGUUACCAGCUGGAGCUGGACUCAGCUGUGGCAGAAGUAAAGCUCAGAGAUGAUCAGUAUACACUGGACCACAUGCGUGCCUUUGGCAUGUUUAAUUACCUGCAUUGUGAUUCAUGGAAUCAAGAUAAUAUCUACUUUGUUGAUCAGCUUGGAAGAAUUAUGAACUUAACAGUUACACUGGACACUGCCUUAGGAAAACCAAGAGAGGUUUUCAGACUCCCUACAGAUUUAUCAGCUUAUGACAACCGCCUUUGUGCAUCUCUUCAUUUUACAUCUUCUACAUGGGCUACCCUGUCAGAUGGAACAGGUAGAUUGUAUCUCAUUGGAACCGGGGAGCGUGGAAAUGGUACUUCUGAAAAGUGGGAGAUUGUAUUUAAUGAAGAUCUUGGGGAUCCGUUUGUUGUACUUCACAGUAUUUCCAUCAUAAAAUCUGAAGACCAUUCAAUAGCUACCAUACUUCUUCGAGUUGAGAAAGAAGAAUUAGAUAGGAAAGGAAGUGGCUUCUAUGUUUCUUUGGAGUGGGUUACUAUCAGUAAGAUAAAUAAAGAGAUUCAAAAAUAUGAAAUUACUGAGCGUAAAGUACUCCAUGGUAAAACAGUUCCCUAUUAUGCUGCUAUUGAGCCUGAUGGCAGUGGUCUAAUGAUUGCUUCCUGCAAAUCCUUCAGAUUUGUUCAUGAUGAGAAGCAAGAUGAAGAAAAUAAAGAUGAGAAACUGACAGAGAACAAUAAAGGAGAACCUUUGUAUUACUGGCAGCAGACUGAAGAAGAUUUGACAAUAACAAUACAUCUUUCACAAGAUGUUUCUAAAGAGGACAUUGAAGUACGGUUUUCCCCUGAUCAUUUCAGUAUUGCCCUAAAAAAGCAGCCAUAUUUGGAAGGAAAACUGUAUUCAUCUAUUGAUCAUGAAAGUAGUACAUGGAUAAUUAAAGAGAAUAAAAGUUUGGAAGUGUCUUUGAUUAAGAAGGAUGAAGGACUAACAUGGCCAGAGCUAGUGUUAGGUGAUGAGCGAGGAGAAUUCAUAAGAGAUUCAGCCCAGUGUGCUGCCAUAGCUGAACGUUUGAUGCAUCUGACAUCUGAAGAACUGAAUCCAGAUCCAGACAAGGAAAAACCACCAUGUAAUGCUCAAGAAUUAGAAGAGUGUGAUAUUUUCUUUGAAGAGAGCUCCAGUUUAUGCAGAUUUGAUGGCAGUACUUUGAAGACCACUCAUGUGGUGAAUCUUGGAAGCAACCAGUACCUUUUUUCAGCCUUAGUGGACCCCAAAGAAAUGCCCUGUUUCUGUUUGCGUCAUGACGUAGAUGCCCUACUUUGGCAACCCCACUCUAGCCAACAAGAUGAAAUGUGGGAGCACAUUGCAACUUUCAAUGCUUUAGGCUAUGUCCAAGCAUCGAAGAGAGACAAGAAGUUUUUUGCUUGUGCCCCCAAUUACUCCUACGCUGCCCUUUGUGAGUGCCUGCGCCGAGUGUUCAUCUAUCGUCAGCCCACAGCCAUGUCCACUGUGCUAUAUAACAGAAAGGAGGGAAGGCAGGUUGGGCAGGUUGCUAAGCAGCAGGUAGCCAGCCUGGAAACUAAUGAUCCUAUUUUGGGGUUUCAAGCUACAAAUGAGAGAUUAUUUGUCCUUACUACAAAAAACCUCUUUUUAAUAAAGGUAAAUACAGAUAAUUAAUGAUGUCAACAUGCUGACUUCUCUGUACUUGAGAAAAGUUGAGAAGUAUCUAGAAGGCUGAAAAAUUAAACUGAAUACUGUUGAUUUUAAUGUAAAAAAAAUUGUACUGUAUCUAGUUUUAUUUUUUAAAAGGAUGUCUUCACUGUACUCAGUAGAUUUUUAGCUAUUUGAAAAUUGUAUCAAGUGUUUCAGCUGCAGUGUUAGUUACAGCUCUAAGGGAAAUGACUUUAAUUGAAAAUGCAUGAAUAUGAAUAAUAUGUACAUAUAUAUUUUUGUUAUUUUGAUUUAUUAAAAAAAAAAAAGCUCAGAAUUUGAUCUUUUGUAUGUAGUUGUACCAUGCAGUAUUUGCCCAAUAAAAAUAUUUGCUACA